CAGAAGCCAUGGCGCUCUUUCAAAAGCCGUUUAUAGCUUCUGAUCGCUAGAAAAUCUUCUCCAUUUUUUUCGUUCUCGUUUGGUAUAGUCUCGGCUUCACGUGGACUUGUGCUUAUUCCUCGACGACCGUGAUUCAAGAUUCUGAACGGUGGUUCUUGAUCAGUACUUUUUCAUUUUGUGUUUUCGUUUUGGCGGCGUGAUCAUGGAUAUUGAUACGGAGAGCUGUGGUAGUAGAGCCGUGGAUUUUUCGCCGACUCACAGUCGGAACCAGAGGCGCCUGAAAGCCAUUGCGUACGAUCAAGUUCUUCAUCUACUCAAGGACUCGAACUUCGCAGAGGCCAAUCUUCCUGGUUUUGAAGACGAGCUCUGGAUGCAUUUUCAUCGGCUCCCCCCAAGGUAUGCCUUGGAUGUGAAUGUCGAGAGAGCACAAGAUGUUCUUAUGCACAAAAGAUUACUGAAUAUGGCACGCGAUCCUGCUACCAGACAUGCAAUCGAUGUCCGUGUCGUGCAGGCUCAUUUUGCUACUAGUGGAAAUUGCAGUUAUUCAUUUUAUUCAAACUCUCAAAGAAAAGUGGAUCCUCAGUAUACUGAUUCUUGCAGGGAAAAUGAGGCAAGGCAUGAAAUUACAAUUUCAACAAACGACAAGCCCAAACUUUUCAGCCAGUUGACUUCUUUAUUGUCUGAGAUUGGGCUGAACCUUCAAGAAGCACAUGUCUUUUCCACUGUGGAUGGAUACUCUUUGGCCUAUUUUCUUGUUGAUGGUUGGGCACUCGAGGAGACUGAGCUGCUUAGAAAUACGCUUGUCAAGAAAAUACCAAGAAUUCAGGUUCAAGCAGGACAAGCAGAGCUAAACCAAGCUGCGAUGGAUGGCAUGGCAGAGGAUGCAAGUGGUAGAGCUGUGGAUUUUGCACCGAGUCACAGUCGGAAGAAGAGGCUGGAAGUCAUUGCAUAUGAUCAAGUUCUUCAUCAACUCAAGGACUCGAACUUGGCAGAGGCCAAUCUUCCUGGUUUUGAAGAUGAGCUCUGGAUGCAUUUUCGUCGGCUCCCCAAAAGUUAUGCCUUGAAUGUGAAUGUCAAGAGAGCACAAGAUGUUCUUAUGCACAAAAGAUUACUGCAUAUGGCACGCGAUCCUGCUACCAGACAUGCAAUUGAAGUCCGUGUCGUGCAGGCUCAUUUUCCUGCUAGUGGAAACUGCAGUUAUUCAUUUUAUUCAAACUCUCAAAGAAAAGUGGAUCCUCAGCGUUCUGAUUAUUGCAGGGAAAACGGUGCUCAUCCCCCUACUGCUUUUGGGUCGUCACCUGAUACGAAUGAUAAUCCUCUUUGUUGCCGGGCAAUGCAUGAAAUUACAAUUUCAACAAACGACAAGCCCAAACUUUUGAGUCAGUUGACUUCUUUACUGUUUGAGAUUGGGCUGAACAUUCAAGAAGCACAUCUUUUUUCCACCGUGGAUGGAUACUCUUUGGUCUUUUUCCUUGUUCAUGGUUGGGCACUCGAGGAGACCGAGCAGCUUAGAAAUACACUUGUCAAGAAAAUACCAAUAAUUGAGGGAUCACCUCUUCCGACCAUUGUGAUGCGCCUUGUUCUCAGGUUCAAGCAGGGCUAAACCAAGCUGCUUUGGAUGGCAUUUCUCAUAGCAAAUAAAAUAAUUUUCUGUCUUCACAAUUGCUGCAUCAUGGACUCUUCUCUGCCUCGAAUAUACUCUUCUAAAAUUGCAGCAAGCUGUUUCGAUGUCAAUGGCUAAUAUGUGUUUUUGUUUCGAAUAUAUCGUUUGUGGCUUUGAACAAUACAUUAGACGGAGUAGAAGCGUGUUGAAGUUCUGGUUCCUCUUUAUCCUUCCGUUGAGAUCAUUUUCCUGUAAUGUAAACAACGGUGUUAAUUAUUGAAUGUUAGCGAAGC